AGGACAACUCCUCAUCCCUGUAACCGAGAAUUAAAAAAAAAAAAGGCAGGGAGACGGAGGGGUGGAGUACAGGAAGCUGCUGUCCUCGAAUGUCUGAACAUGGGCGACAUCUAACAACGGCAUAAAUCACAGCGUCUUUCUUUCUUCCUUUUACGAGCCAAAGGCUGCGGAGAUUUGUGAUCUUCUUUUUUUUUUUAAAGGAACAUUUAACCGAAACAGCGAGAAGAUGUCUCGGGGUGUGAUCCAGCCCAGCCAGCAGAAACUGGCAGAAAAGCUCACCAUCCUCAACGACCGAGGCAUCGGGAUGUUGACCCGUGUUUACAAUAUCAAAAAGCAAGGACAAGUUUGGAAGUUCCCCGGCGUGAGUCAAAGGGCAUGUGGCGAUCCCAAGGCUAAGCCCUCCUAUCUCGUUGAUAAGAACUUGGAGUCUGCGGUUAAAUUUAUUGUCAGGAAGUUCCCUGCUGUGGAAACACGGAAUAAUAACCAACAGCUGGCUCAGCUGCAGAAGGAAAAAUCUGAGAUUCUGAAGAACCUGGCUCUCUACUAUUUUACCUUCGUAGAUGUCAUGGAAUUCAAGGACCAUGUGUGUGAGCUGCUGAACACCAUUGACGCCUGCCAGGUCUUCUUUGACAUUACGGUGAACUUUGACCUGACCAAGAACUACCUGGACCUGGUGGUGACUUACACUACUCUGAUGACAAUACUGUCCCGCAUCGAGGAGAGGAAAGCCAUCAUAGGACUGUACAACUACGCCCACGAGAUGACGCACGGAGCCAGUGACCGGGAGUACCCCAGGUUGGGCCAGAUGAUCGUGGACUACGAGAACCCUCUGAAGAAGUUGAUGGAGGAGUUCGUUCCACAUGGAAAGUCCCUGUCAGAUGCUUUGAUCAGUCUUCAGAUGGUCUAUCCCAGGAGGAAUCUAUCGGCCGACCAGUGGAGGAACGCCCAGCUGCUCUCUCUCAUCUCUGCUCCCUCCACCAUGCUCAACCCUGCCCAGUCAGACACUAUGCCAUGUGAAUACCUGUCGCUGGACGCAAUGGAGAAGUGGAUUGUUUUCGGUUUCAUCCUGUGUCACGCGGUGCUGAACAGCGACGCAGCAGCGCUGUCUUUGUGGAAGCUGGCUCUGCAGAGCUCCACCUGCCUCUGUCUGUUCAGAGACGAAGUCUUCCACAUCCACAAGGCUGCAGAGGAUCUGUUUGUGAACAUCAGAGGCUACAACAAACGCAUCAAUGACAUCAGAGAGUGCAAGGAACAGGCCCUGUCUCAUGCAGGCUCGAUGCACAGAGAAAGACGCAAGUUUCUCCGAUCAGCUCUGAAGGAGUUGGCCACUGUUUUAGCCGAUCAGCCCGGACUACUAGGUCCCAAGGCUUUGUUUGUGUUCAUGGCGUUGUCGUUUGCCCGUGACGAGAUCAUCUGGCUGCUUCGACACGCAGACAACAUCCAGAAGAAAAGCACAGAUGACUUCAUAGACAAACACAUAGCAGAGUUGAUCUUUUACAUGGAGGAGCUCCGAGCUCACGUCAGGAAGUACGGCCCUGUGAUGCAGCGCUACUACGUCCAGUACCUGUCUGGUUUUGAUGCUGUGGUGCUGAAUGAACUGGUGCAGAACCUGUCUGUGUGUCCAGAAGAUGAAUCUAUAAUCAUGUCUUCAUUUGUCAACACUAUGACCUCUCUCAGUGUCAAACAAGUGGAGGACGGAGAGGUGUUUGACUUUCGGGGCAUGCGACUGGACUGGUUCAGACUGCAGGCCUACACCAGUGUCUCUAAAGCCAGUCUGGGUAUAGCCGAUCACAAGGAGCUCGGUAAAAUGAUGAAUACCAUCAUCUUCCACACAAAGAUGGUGGACUCUCUGGUGGAGAUGCUGGUGGAGACGUCAGACCUUUCUAUUUUCUGCUUCUACAGCCGUGCGUUUGAGAAGAUGUUCCAGCAGUGCCUGGAGCUUCCCUCCCAGAGCCGACACUCCAUCUGCUUCCCCCUGCUCUGCACACACUUCAUGUCCUGUACACACGAGCUCUGUCCCGAGGAGCGUCACCACAUAGGGGAUCGAAGCCUGUCGUUGUGUAACAUGUUUCUGGACGAGAUGGCAAAACAGGCCCGGAACCUAAUCACUGACAUCUGCACUGAACAAUGUACACUCAGCGACCAGCUGCUUCCUAAACACUGCGCGAAAACCAUCAGCCAGGCCGUGAACAAGAAGAGCAAGAAGGCGACGGGGAAGAAGGGCGAGCCGGAGAGAGAGAAACCAGGGGUGGAGAGCAUGAGGAAGAACAGACUACUGGUCACCAAUCUGGAUAAGCUCCACACAGCGUUAUCUGAGCUCUGCUUCUCCAUCAACUACGUUCCCAACCUGGCGGUGUGGGAGCACACGUUCACGCCGAGAGAGUACCUCACCUCGCACCUGGAGAUCCGAUUUACCAAGUCUAUCGUGGGGAUGACUAUGUACAACCAGGCUACUCAGGAGAUAGCCAAGCCCAGCGAGCUGCUGACCAGCGUCCGGGCCUACAUGACGGUGCUUCAGUCCAUAGAGAACUACGUCACCAUCGACAUCACGCGGGUCUUUAACAACGUCCUGCUGCAGCAGACGCAGCACCUGGACAGCCACGGGGAACCCACCAUCACCAGUCUCUACACAAACUGGUAUCUGGAGACGUUGCUCCGUCAGGUCAGCAACGGACACAUUGCCUACUUCCCCGCCAUGAAGGCCUUCGUCAACCUGCCCACGGAGAACGAACUGACCUUCAACGCCGAGGAAUACUCCGACAUCUCUGAGAUGCGUUCACUGUCUGAGCUGUUGGGGCCGUACGGUAUGAAGUUCCUCAGUGAGAGUCUGAUGUGGCACAUCUCAUCACAGGUUGCUGAGCUGAAGAAACUGGUGGUAGAAAACAUGGAGGUGUUGACCCAGAUGAGAACCAGCUUUGACAAACCAGAGCACAUGGCGGCCCUCUUCAAGAAACUCACCUCUGUGGACAGUGUGUUGAAGAGAAUGACCAUCAUUGGUGUCAUCUUAUCCUUCCGCUCCCUGGCCCAGGAGGCUCUGAGAGAUGUGUUAUCCUGUCACAUUCCUUUCCUGGUCAGUUCAGUGGAGGAUUUCAAGGACCACAUUCCCAGAGAGACAGACAUGAAGGUGGCCAUGAAUGUCUACGAGCUGUCAUCGGCAGCAGGUUUACCCUGUGAGAUCGACCCGGCCCUGGUGGUGGCUCUGUCCUCACAGAAAAGUGAGAACAUCAGCCCAGAGGAGGAGUAUAAGAUCGCCUGUCUGCUCAUGGUGUUUGUGGCGGUUUCCUUGCCAACGCUGGCCAGCAACGUGAUGUCACAGUACAGCCCCGCCAUAGAAGGCCACUGCAACAACAUCCACUGCCUGGCCAAAGCCAUCAACCAGAUCGCUGCUGCUCUCUUCACCAUCCACAAGGGGAGCAUCGAGGACCGCCUGAAAGAGUUCCUGGCUCUGGCCUCAUCCAGCCUGUUGAAGAUCGGCCAGGAGACGGACAAGAUGACGACGCGUAACAGAGAAUCCGUCUACCUCCUGCUGGACAUGAUUGUGCAGGAGUCUCCCUUCCUGACCAUGGACCUGCUGGAGUCCUGUUUCCCUUACGUGCUGCUGCGAAACGCCUACCACGCCGUCUAUAAACAGAGCAUUAGUGCUAACGCGUAGACACGCUCUAAACACACAGCGAAGGCCUACAAGCUGUCUACCAUCGGAGCGUCAGCCGCUCCUUCAUAGACGCACACACAGCGACAACUACACACUAACGGCAUACACUAAAAACUAACUAAACCCACUAAACUAUGCCUACAAUGCCUCAACGUACCACUCAGACUACUACAGCAUCGGUGUGUUACUCCAAUAAUGUUGACACACACUUCACAAACAAGUUUGCUUCAAAUAUUGAACAAAAACACUAUUAAACGCUAAAAGAAUAUACAAAAACACCCACAAUUCAGUGCAAAAAGGAGACAAAACACUGAAAUUAAAUAUGAACAGAAAUACACACACACACACACACACACACUAGCUGGAUGAAGUUGGGGGAUCAGUCUCUUUAUUUUAAUCAUUGUACUUUUUCAUGAUGUUGCCAGGGACCAUAACCAUAGCAACACUUAAUAUACCAUAUGUUUGGUUGGUAUAAAAGAACAAAAAUAUAAAUAUAUAGUAUAUAUAUAGUUGACACUAAAAUAUUAUUAUUUUUUUUUGUGGAAAGAUUUGAGAUUUUUAGUGGCCAGCUGAUAACUUGUACGUGGUGAUGGAUUUGGAUGCUUUCUUUAGCAAUGCAAAUGAUGCUGAUGUGAUGUGUAAUUAUAUAUAUUUUCUUUUUCUUCUUCUUUUUUUUUAUGGAAGAGGAGACGGGUUAGGAUUCCUGUGUUGAUACUGAAAGACAUGUUGCUUGUUAAUGUAAGUUUACACUUAUACACACACACUGACAGACAUCCUGAGCAGAUAUACGACACACACACUAAUCUUUCAACAUUUCAUAGUGGAACACACACACACACACACACACACACAUACAAGUGUAAAAACAUGGUGAUGUUUCUUCUUUUUUUCAAGCUAGUCGUAACAUGAGCUUUUUGUGGGUAAAGAUAUAAUAUCUGUAUUCUACUUUGAUGUGAACUGAACUCGUCCGUUUUUAAUGUUUGUUUUGUUAUUUUUAUGACGACGACAAUGAUGAUGAUGAUGAUGAUGAUUUUGCCAAAUGUGUUGACACUAAAAGUUGUGUAUCAGGGCUUGUAGGUGGUGGAGUGUUUGGGUAUUAAAGGGUGAAAGGCCAUGUUACGUGGACGGUUUGGACGAUAGAAGAUCCGGAAACAGUCCGCCUGACUCGGUGGCAGCUCUGUUAACAGAAGGGGUUCCACAAGAACCUUUACAGUGGGAACAAACUUUAAAAAAGUACUGCAGUAAUACUACGGUAUAGGCACGGAGCAGGCGUCCCAUCCUGCAGCCAGAAACCUCCAAAUGUUCCUCACAGCUGUUGUUGGCUGACUCUCGGAUUAGGUGAAGGUGCAGUGGGUGCUACUGCUUCUCUCCCAUGGUGUAGACUAGAAAUGAGAAAGCCAGUGCAAAAUACAAUGUGUAUGAUCUCUUGUAAAAUCAUUUACUGCAACUUCUGGCGUUAUUGAGGGGCAUUUAGCUUUUCUGUGUCUAAUUUUACCUACGGAAGCAGCUGGGGAGAUAGUGCCUUGCUCAAAGGCACCUUGACAGCAGCUGUUGAGGGUCCACCGUCUUACACACCGUGGUUUGAUAAAUGUCUUAGUGCUUAACUUUAAUAGGAGCGAUUAAAGUCAAAUUUAACCAACUACACAGAGGAACAAUUAAAUCCUAAUUGAUUUCAGUGAACCUGUGAAAGUCUACAAAAACCUGGAGCUGCAAUAAGACAAACAAAUAAAUGUAUAUAUCUAAACACUACAACGUUUCACUGGAUUUGUAAUCUGGGAUCGAUGGGGCAUCCUUCAGUGAUCUUUCCAUAUGAGCGGUUUCAUUUUCCCAAUGGUUGUACGGGACCUCUUAGGACAGACGGACGGCUUUUACAAAGUGCAGUGUGGUUUUCUUUUCUUUCUUUUUUUCUCAAUCAAGGCACAUUAAGGGCUACAUACGAGACACCAACCAUGCCCGCUGUAUGCCCGCCCUCUGCUCAUGUGUUACUAAACGCCAGGGCUCUGUCUGACAGCUCGUACUGCACACUAUGCAGGACUCCUACCUAGGACUGUUAAAAUCUAAAAGCAGCGUUUACAGUAGAUAGCAGUAAUACACCCAAAUCUAGUAAAGGACGUGUGUGCACUUUACAGUAGAUUACAUGUCUGAUUUCUACUGUUUUUAGUCGGUAGUGUGCAUUACAAGCAUGUGAGGACAGGUCCAUGGACUCAUUCUGCUAUUUGAGAUGGAAUGACUGCUGUUUUCUUUCUAACUUUUUUGUGUGUCUGAUUCCACUGUGUAACUUAAAUGACAUGAAUAAAUUAAACUUUAGGGCUGUG